AUGAAGUAUUAUUGUUUUCUUUCUUUUUGCAUUGUGUCGAUUAUCAUUUGGUUACUCCCAAUCGAAGUAGUGUAUGAGAAGAAGCAAACCGAAAAGGUCAAAUUUUUUCUAGAAGACUACUGGGGCUGUGAUUGCAAUGAUAAUAAUUGCGAGCUUUGCCAACUUGGAAAUCAUUGUACUUUAAAUGAAGAUUGCGCGUUCGAAGGAUGCCAUGGUGAUCAAAGCGCUUGUAUGCCUUGUGCCAGUGACUAUGAUUGUAAUGAUGGGUUCAGAUGUAUGAUUGAAGCUGGAGUUUGUAUAUGCAAGCCGAAAAAUAAUGCAUGGUUGUGCUGGGUUGGUGAUCCUUGCGUCAAUAACAAAGAUUGUGAGACCGGGACAUGUUCUGCUGGCAUUUGUGUGCCUUGCUAUAAUGAUAAUGAAUGUGAUCCCGGUAAUGAGUGUUUAGAUGGAUUUU